UCAGUUGCCACCAUCAAACAGCAUCAACAUGUUCGCUAAGAUUGUCGUCGCUCUGUGCGCUAUAAGUGCGGUUCGCGCUAGCGGACUUUUGGGAGUCGCCCCCGUGGCGUAUAGCAGCCACUCGAUUGCUGCUCCCGCCAUCUCUUCUGUGUCUUCGUACUCCACCCAGACCGCACACGCCGCGCCCAUCGCCACCUACGCCGCCGCUCCAGCCAUCGCCACCUCGUACGCAGCUCCUGUCGUGAGCAGGACCAUCACUCCUGCUGUCUCCGCCGUCUCCUCCUACUCUACUCAAACCUCGCACGGCGCUCCCAUCGCCACAUAUGCCGCCGCCCCGGCCAUCGCUACCUCCUAUGCGGCUGCUCCCGCCAUCGCCACCUCGUAUGCUGCUCCCGUCGUGAGCAGGACCAUCACUCCUGCUGUCUCCUCUGUUUCUUCUUACUCUACUCAGACCUCGCACGGCGCUCCCAUAGCCACCUAUGCCGCCGCCCCGGCCAUCGCAACCUCCUACGCGGCUGCUCCCGCUAUCGCCACAUCCUACGCGGCUCCCGUCGUUAGCAGGACCAUCACUCCUGCCGUCGCCUCCGUGUCAUCGUACUCCACUCAGACGUCGCACGGAGCUCCCAUCGCGAGCUACGCCGCUGCCCCCGCCGUAGCGACUUACGCCACCCGCACCAUCGCCGCUCCAGCUGUGGCCACCUACGCCACCCGCACCAUCGCCGCUCCAGCUGUGGCCACCUACGCCGCGCGCACCAUUGCCGCCCCAGCUGUGGCCGCAUACGCCGCCCGCGCCUACACUGCUCCCGCAGUGGCCGCUUACGCCGCGCCAGCUGUGGCGGCUUAUGCCACCCGCACCAUCGCCGCACCCGCCGCCACCUCCUACUCCUCCUACAGCACCCAGACCGCGCACGGCACCCCCGUCGUCGCUAGGGCCUACGCUCCCGCUAUCUCUGCGUACGCGUCUCCCGCGUACUCCACCUACGCCGCAGGCCCUGCCUACUCCUCCUACGCCGCCGGCCCUGCCUACUCCACCUACGCCGCGGCCGCCCCGGUGCUCCGCUCCUCCAUCGCGUACUCUGCCGCUCCCGCCCUCUCCCACGUCUCCUACAGCGCUCACGGUGCUAACUAUGGUUGGUAAACUGAAUCCAUUCCUCUAAUCUGUAAAUAGACUGAUUGUAUUAAAUGAAAAUAGACAAUGAGAAAUAAACCAAAAUAAUGAUA